AUGGCUGCAGAGGACACUGUGCCAGGGCCAGGGCUGUGCCAGAGCUCCCCGAAGGGCUCCAGCUGCGGGGCCAGGAGCUCAGGGACCGCCCGGGCCAGGGGCAGCGAGGGGCGGCUGCUGCUGCUCCGGGAGCUGCCCCUGCCCCCCGGAGGGACACGGGCCUCCCCCUCCUUGGUGCAGCACCGCCAGGAUCUAGCAGGAGUUGGGAAUGCUCCCAGCCUGGGCAUCUCCCCAGGGCCACCCUCUGUCCCCAAGGCUGCCGUGGGACUGUUGCCACUCCCUCUGUCCCACAGCCUCUCCAGUGCUGCUGGGACAGGUGCCUGGCCCAAGGACGUGGGCAUCCUGGCCCUGGAGGUGUACUUCCCUGCCCAGUACGUGGAUCAGGAGGAGCUGGAGAGGUUUGAUGGCGUGGAGGCCGGCAAGUACACUCGGGGCCUGGGCCAGAAGCAGAUGGGUUUCUGUGCUGCCCACGAGGACAUCAACUCCCUGUGCCUGACCGUGGUGCAGCGGCUGGUGGAGCGCGGGCGCCUCUCCUGGGACGCCAUCGGCCGCCUGGAGGUGGGCACCGAGACCGUCAUCGACAAAUCCAAGGCCGUCAAGACCGUCCUCAUGCAACUUUUCCAUGACUCUGGCAACACCGACGUGGAGGGCAUCGACACCACCAACGCCUGCUACGGGGGCACGGCCUCGCUCUUCAACGCGGCCGCCUGGGUGGAGUCCAGUGCCUGGGAUGGUCGCUACGCCGUGGUGGUGUGUGGGGACAUCGCUGUCUACGCCACGGGGAACGCGCGGCCCACGGGAGGUGCCGGUGCCAUCGCCAUGCUGGUGGGACCCAACGCCCCGCUGGUGCUGGAGAGAGGCCUGCGUGGAACCCACAUGGAGCACGCCUACGACUUCUACAAGCCGAAUCUGUCCUCUGAGUACCCGGUGGUGGACGGGCAGCUCUCCAUCCAGUGCUACCUGCGGGCGCUGGACCGCUGCUACGCCGUGUACCGACGGAAGGCAGAGACCCAGUGGCAGCAGGCUGGCAUCCAGAAGCCCUUCACCCUCGAUGAGUUCAAGUACAUCAUCUUCCACUCGCCCUUCUGCAAGCUGGUGCAGAAGUCGGUGGGGCGGCUGCUGCUCAACGACUUCUUGGCCUCCCCCAACCCCGACACGGCCUCCGGCCUCUACAAGGGGCUGCAGUCCUUCCGCGGUGUGAAGCUGGAGGACACCUACACCAGCAAGGAGGUGGAGAAGGCAUUCCAGACAGCCAGCCAGGACAUCUUCAACAAGAAGACCAAGCCCUCCCUGCUCCUCUCUUCCCGCAAUGGCAACAUGUACACACCGUCCAUGUAUGGCUGCCUGGCCUCCCUCCUGUCCCAGUGCUCAGCACGGGACCUGGCCGGCUCCCGGAUCGGCGCCUUCUCCUACGGCUCGGGGCUGGCCGCCAGCAUGUUCUCCUUCCGUGUCUCGCAGGAUGCAGCCCCAGGCUCACCCCUGGACAAGCUGGUCUCCAGCCUGGCUGACCUGCCCGCCCGCCUGGACUCCCGCAAGCGCGUGGCCCCGCAGGACUUCGCCGAGAUCAUGAAGCGACGGGAGGAAACCCAUCACUUGGCCGACCACGCUCCCCACGGCUCCCAGGCGGAUCUCUUCCCCGGAACCUGGUACCUGACGCGGGUGGAUUCCAAGUACCGCCGCGAAUAUGCCAGGAAACCCAUCUAGAGUGGGAUCACCGGAGUGGUGAGCCCUGGGGAGGGAGAUGCUCUCUUUUCUGCUGUCAUCCCUCUUCAUUCCCUGCAGCCAGGGAACAUUUUUCCAUGUGGGAAAGUUCACUUUGCAUGGGUGGGGAAUGGCCAGCAGUGCCUCAGCCCCAGAGCUGUUGGAGACGGCGGCAUCUUCUGCAAACAUCGGAGCAGUGCAGGGGAAUAAAGGUGCAGAUGGGAGGGGGCAGCAGCCCA